AUGAUUAGUGUAACAACAGUUCUUAUCCUUGUUGUACUCGCAUAUUUUUAUCGUGAUUAUUUCACCGCAAUGCCAACAUCUAAUCCAUUAGUAAAUACUCAAGGGGAAGAUGAGAAACCAGUAGUUGAAGGGAAAUUCACUCCUGCAACAUUAGUCAGAUUCAAUGGAUCUGAUGAUCCUCAAAUCUUGAUUGCAGUCAAGGGAAAAGUUUAUGACGUUUCUCAAGGUGCAAGUUUUUACGGUCCUGGAGGUCCAUACGAGAACUUUGCCGGUAGAGACGCAUCCAGAGGACUUGCCAAAAAUUCAUUUGAAAAGGAUUGUUUGACCCCAAUUGAUCAACCACUUGAUACUUUAGAUAAUUUAUCAAAGGAUGAACAAGAAGCUUUGGAUGGAUGGGAAGAACAUUUCCUGAACAAGUAUCCAAUGGUAGGUAGAUUAAAUAAUGAGAAUUAA